CAGAGAUGAGAACAUAUACAGUAAUUCAAGAGUAAAAUUAUACUUAAAGCUAAGUAUGUCACCUUAAAGAAGACUUCCCUGAUUUAAGCAGAUUCCUGACAUUCAAAACAACUGACUUUUAAUACAUUGCUAUUAUAUCAAAUCAACAAUGAAUUGGAAUGCAAAACCAGAGAGUACUACAUUAUCACCACAGUAUCCUACAAGCCAAUCAUCUUUUUUGCAUUUGUCUUUAAUGAACCAACUUACCACAACAUCUCAAAAUUCUUUCAGCUAUCCUGGAAGUAACCAAGAAGCAUGCAUGUAUCCCGGUAAUUCAAAUCCAGUUUCACAGCCACUGCAGAAUGUAAAAAAUUAUAAAACUCCUCCACAAAUCCCUGUUUCUGAUAUGCAUAAUGGGACAUUUGUGGCCUCACAGACUUCUGUAGAAAGAAUAACGUAUGCAAAUGUUAAAGGACCCAAACAACUAAACCACAAUUUGCAAAUGUCUUCAGGAGUUACACAAAGUAUGUGGUUGAACCCACCAAUGAGGAAUUCUAUGCUUUCUCAUACAGAGACAACAGUAUCUCAUCAGACUGACUUUGGAACUAAUAUAUCCAAUGCACAUGGACUACAGAGUCAGCUUGUAACAUCAGAUACCUAUUCUAUGCAAGUACAAAUGAUCCCUUCUAAUUCUCUAAGAGUUCCCAUAACCUAUCAAGGAAAUCAGGGACUUAAUCAGUCUCUAUCAGAGCAACAGGUUGACUGGGCACAACACUAUACAUCGAAUGGACUGACUCAUCCAAAUUACAGACCACUUCCAAAGCCAUACUGUUAUACAGAACAAAGCUUUUUGCAAGAUCCUACUAUUCAGAAACAAAAUCUUAUGCCAUCUACAUCAUCACAGGUUAAAAAUAGUCAGCUUCCAAAUUCUUCACUGAGUUUACAGCCAAAGCAGUUUGCAGCUGUACCGUCACAUCAAUAUGCUACUCAAACUGACAAAAGACUUCCGCCACCACUGCCUCCUCUUCCUCCUCCUUAUGACUGUAGGUAUAGAAGACAUCCUUUGCAGAGCACUCAGCAUGUUACAAAACAUUUGUCUAUGGAAGUUCCUCAGAGUCAAGAAAUGCACUCAUCUGAGAUAAGGAAAGACUUUUGUAGAGGCUUUCAACAGCAGUGGCAAAACCCUAAUGAAAAUGUCAGCACAAUUGGAAAUUUCUGUAACUUGAAGGUAAAUACCAGUUUCAGUCAGCCUUUAAAUGAACCAGUUAGAUCUUCUGUGGAUGGUGUUCAGGCUCUUGCUCAAAAUAAUCUAGAGAAAAGAAUGGAUUUUUGCAGUCCAACUUCAAAUCAAGAACUGGACACAAGUGUCACAAAGGAAAAGUUAGUAAGGGAUUUUAAAACAUUAAUAGAAAUGAAAAAGAAGUUUUCAGAGCUUGCAAGGAAAAUUAAAAUUAAUAAAGAACUUUUAAUGGCAGCAGGUUGUAGUAAAAUAAUGAAUACCUCUUACAGUGAACCAGCUCAGAAUUCUGAUUUGUCUCUGAAACAAACUGCCAAAAUCGUGUCUGGACCACAGGUACCCCCAGUAACUCCAGAGGGUCAGCCACCAACAGUAAUGAAAUUUGCAGAAGAAACAAAUAAAACACACUCUAUGUUGAAUUCCAGCAUUCAGGAAAUCAAUUGCAGAAAAUUCAACCAAGUCAAUCCUGUUUUACUUAAUUCAGUUUUUUCAGAAAAGUUGCCAGUGCCUGAUCAGUUUAAUGAUUUGAAAGUUCUGACUUCUUUAAAGACAUCAGUUGUUGAAGAUAUCCAGGCAACAUUGGAUAAAACCCAGCUUUCAUCAGAAAAUUUUGUCCAUGUUGAACAAAAUCUGCCAGCAAUUUGUGAAACAAUUUCUAUUCCCCAGUCUGCGUCAAUUGAGGAAUGUGUUUCAAAAUUUUUAAAUAAAAAUCUACUUCGCAGUUUGCUUACACAGACAGACAAAACUCAGAAGAAUUUAUUAAAAGAUGCUAGUCAAACUAUUCAGGAUUCUAAACCAAACAGUUGUGAAAUGAAUCCAAAUACCCAAAUCACUGGUAACCAAUUGAAAUUGAAAACUGUGGAAACUCCAAGUUCUUCUAAUGCAAAUACCAAGAUUUCAGACAACUCUUCUUGCCUUGAGCAUAAAUCCUCAGUGAAAGAAAUGUCUGCUAAAAGUGACAGUCUCUGUUCCACGGAAUUGCUAGCAACAUGUCUUUCACUGUGGAAAAAGCAACCUUCGGAAACUACAGAAGAAAAACAGUGUAAUGAAUCGCGAACAAAUGGAAUGGCAGUUGGAAUUUCAAAGCCCGUGGAAGUCUGUGUUAAAAGUCCUUGUUCAGUUGUGGGAAAUUCUCAGAAUAAAAUGGUUAGCCCUUCACAAAAACCAACUUUGUCAAUGGUAGUGCAGAGUUGUGAGUCUUCAGGUGUUAAUAUAACAAAGGGAACAGAACUUCAGGUUGCUGUAGUGUCGCCCUUGGUUCUUUCAGAUGUCAAAACGUUGUCUGUCAAAGGAGUAACACCUGAAGCUUUACAUGAAACAGUGUAUCCAAUUAUUAAAGAAGGCAGUGUUUGUAGCUUACAAAAUCAGUUGGCAGAAGAUACAACUGCUGCUUUGAAAGUUGAUGAUAAUGGGUCAGUAGCAAGUACUACAACAUCAAAGGUUUUCCCACUAAUUCAGAAGGAAAAGCAGAAUGCAUCAGCCAAUGGUAAUUCAGAAGGCACACCUCUUACCAGUAAAGGGCAGCAUAACGUAUCAGAACCAGAUAAGUACUUUCCUGUGAGUGAUCAGGCCACCUCUCAGUCUAGGGAUAGUAUUAUUAUGAGUGAUGGUAUGUUACAGAUCGACAAUAUUUGUUCUCUUGUUGAAGGCGAUACAUCUUAUAAUUCCCAAAUAGCAAAGAUCUUCAACUCUCUGCCUUUGAAAAAGGUGGAGCCACAGAUAAUUUGUCUACCCAAUCAGCAAGUAAUUAGUAGUAGACAACAAACAGAACAAUUAGAUAACAUUACUGAAAAUAAAGACUUUGGUUUGGAAAAAGAUAAAUUUGUACAGUGCACAGAUGUUUCACAUAAAAUAAUGGAUGAAUCAAAGACACAGCAGCCUCCAGAAUCGUCGUCUUUUAAAUAUAUUGAAACAAAUAGAGGAAUUCUAAAGGAGAGCAAUUUGGAGCACACCACUGAAAAAGAAAGCACUGCUAAUGAUACAUGUUGUUCAUCAGCUGCUAUUCAGCAGGAUAUUUACCCUCAGGAAACUGAUGCGUGUGGCAAUUACACUGCCCAAGAUCCUACAAGUAAUGAGAUUCAAAAUGAUAAGACAUCCGUCUUUUACCUACAUGACCAGCUGUUGGAACUCUUAGAAGAGUUUCCCUAUGGUAUUGAAGCUGUGAACAUGCGUGAAGGUGCUGUGGGCCAACAGAUGGCAGCCCAAAUCUCAGCAGAUGAAACUGGUGAUAAAAGCGGUGGUGACUCCAAAGAGUCAACAGACCAAAUACAAAUCACAAUAUUAAGCUCAGAGCAAAUGAAAGAAUUGUUUCCUGAACAGGACAAUCAGUCCUGUGAUGUAGACAAAUUGGCAGGACCUCAGAAAGAAAAUUCUGUCACAGAAUUAGAGAACCAGUGUGACCCACAAGCGCCUCCAGAAGGAGAAGGUUGUAAUUCUGUAGUACUGAACUCAGAGAAAGAUGAUGUUGUUUAUUGCUGUGCAUUGGGUUGGCUCACUAAGGUUUAUGAAAGUGUACCCCAGUGUCAAUGUAAUUCCAUCAAGAAAUCUACUUCAGAGGAAGAGAAGGGGAAAGAUCAGUGUUAUCCUUUGGAGACUAAUAGCUGUACACAAAGCGAAAGGGCCUCUGACAGAGGUGUCCCUAUUGUUGAAUGUGACAGUCUUCCAAAUAAUCCAAAGACUCCUCUGACUCUUCCAGAUGGGAAAAAUCAUUUUCAUGAAAUUCAGGACAAUAUAAAAGAUACACCCAAAACAAAGGAUGAUAGCUCACUAAGGAUGGAACAAGAAUUAACUGAUCAGUUUUCUUCUAAAUGUGAUAAAAAACUAGAUUCUUUGCAAGGCCAUAAAGGAAAAAAACUGAAAUUUCAUGAGGUAACCUUUCACCCCAGUAAUAAAACUGCAGGAUUUUAUAAACAAGCUCCUCAAGAAAGCUUGCAGAAGAGACACAUAGCACAAAACUCACGUCCACUAAAAGCAAAGACGGUUUUUCUGACGAAUAAAGAUUCGUGUAAGAAGAAUGGUUCUUUGGUACAGUCAGUAUCACCUGAAAAAAAAUUGAAAUUCAAAGCGGAUGGCUCCAAACAAAAACAUUUGGAAAAAAGGAAGUUAGACCAAGGGAGCAUACUAGAUAUGGAGAUAAAGAAGAAAUAUGAGAAACAAGAGCAGAAUAAAAAUGCAGAUGGUACGCUUAAAUUUUGUAAUUCUUUGUCAAACCCAAGUGAAAGAACCAGAGUUAGAGAAAAGACACUGUCAAAUACUAAGUCCUUGGACUUGAAGGAGAGUUCAUCUAAAUUUAAUAGAACUCUAACUGUGAAGGAGUACUUACAAAGGCAGAAGCAUAAAGAAGCGAUGGGUAAUAAAGAAUUUAAGAAAAUCCGUGUGAAAAAGGUACCAUGUGAUUCUGAAUAUAAGAGGUCCAGCAAACUUUCUGUGCAACCAGGGAAUUGUGGGAAAUCAAAUGAGAGACACAGUAGUAGUAUACAGACCUCUAAGGAAUCAUUAAACAAUUUCACAAGCCAUGGUAAAAACUUCAAAAUCCAUCAUUCUGAGGAAUCUAGAACAUAUAUUUCAAGGAAUAUUCAAGGAAAAGUUGGUGGAAGGCAGCCUGACAAAAUGUGUAUUGAUAAAAGCAAAUUAGGCAAAAAAUUAACCAGUAUGAAUAAUGAAGUUGAAUUCAGCCAAGUGCCUUCCCAAGCAAAGGAUCAAAAGAAAUCCUAUCUGAACAGAGUUGCAUUUAAAUGCACUGAACGUGAAAGCAUUUGUCUCACCAAAUUAGAAAAUUCAUCCAGGAGGCUUAAUGAAGAUAAAGAAAAGAGACAGGAACGUAAAUCUAAGAUCGUUUUACCUGUGAAAGAUACCACUGAAGAACCAAGCAUGCUGGAGUUUAAAUUAUGUCCAGAUGCCCUGUUGAAGAACACAAACUCUGCUGAAGAACUGAAGGACCUAAAGCCUCAUCCUAGGAAGGAACGAGCCCCUGUGCAAGUUUCAGGAAUUAAGAGUACAAAAGAAGACUGGUUAAAAUGGACAAAAGCAAAGAAAAGGAUGCGUGAAGCCAGCCAAGAAAUAGAUAACAGUGGCAGUUCAAGACUCUGCAAGAGAAGCUUCAGUGCAGAUGGAUUUGAGGCAUUACAAAACCAAGUAAAAGAUUCAAAAGCAAUGUUUCAAACCUACAAACAGAUGUACCUGGAGAAGAGAAGCAGAAGCCUUGGUAGCAGUCCUGUAAAGUAAUUAGAAGCGGUGGUUCUGUAAUUGCCACCUCGAAAUUUCUGUUUUCUUUUCAGAAUAUUUUGCUGGAAAUACUCAGAAUUGCUGCAGUAAAGAUUCCUUGGUCGGAGUUUGGUUACCACUUAGAUUAUGUAUUUCAUUGAAAUUGCUUAAUUAAAAUGGCCUAGAAACUUUGUGGGUGUAAGAAGACAUAAUAAGAUGGUGUUUGUCAGGGAGACCAUAAGGUAUUUGAAUUUCUACUUUGUUGAACCAAGUUUACCAUUAUUUUAAAAGGAAUGCUUCUAACGAAUCUAAAUUUGAAAUGCUAACUAUCCAUCCUGAGGGAGAAUGGUUUCUCAAUUAAGGAUUUGUGUAUUUAACUUGGACUCUAUAUUUUUGUUUCUAAGCUACAUUAGCAAAUCUUAUUUUUCAGAAAUGUCCACUGUCAG